AUGGCGGGAGGAAUGAAUGUGGCGGUCUCGCCGGCAGUUGGUCCCAUAUCCUGGGGCUGGGGUCCUGGGGGCAGUGGGGCAGUGCGGCUUUUCCUGGUCCUCUCCGGCUGCUUGGUCUGCGACUCAGGUGGGAUUGAUGUAAAGGUGGUCAUGCUUCAGGAAUCCCGAGUUGAUGAUAUGUGUUCCAGCCAACAAUUCUGUUAUAAAAAUAUGCUUAUCCCAAAAUGGCAUGAUGUGUGGACACGGAUACAGAUCCGGGUAAAUAGUUCCAAAUUGGUACGAGUCACCCAGGUGGAGAAUGAGGAGAAACUGAAGGAGCUAGAGCAGUUUAGUAUCUGGAACUUUUUUUCCUCCUUUUUAAAAGAGAAAUUGAAUGACACCUAUGUUAACGUGGGUCUAUACAGCACAAAAACCUGCCUCAAAGUUGAGAUUAUAGAGAAGGACACCAAGUACAGUGUCAUUGUGACCCGGAGAUUUGACCCCAAACUCUUCCUUGUUUUCUUCCUUGGACUUAUGCUCUUUUUUUGUGGAGACUUGCUGAGCAGAAGUCAAAUUUUCUACUAUACCACUGGGAUGAGUGUGGGAAUUGUGGCCUCUCUACUAAUCAUCAUUUUCAUGCUCUCCAAGUUUAUGCCCAAGAAAAGUCCCAUUUACAUCAUCCUGGUGGGAGGCUGGUCCUUUUCUCUGUACCUCAUUCAACUAGUUUUUAAAAAUUUACAAGAGAUCUGGAGGUGUUACUGGCAGUAUCUUUUAAGUUACAUCCUCACAGUUGGAUUCCUGAGUUUUGCAGUGUGUUACAAGUAUGGGCCCUUGGAGAAUGAACGAAGUAUCAACCUGCUGACCUGGACCUUGCAGCUGGUGGGCCUGUGUUUCAUGUAUUCUAGCAUCCAGAUACCACACAUUGCCCUUGCCAUUAUCAUCAUUGCUCUGUGUACCAAGAACCUGGAGUACCCUAUUAAGUGGCUGUACAUCACCUACAGAAAGAUGUGUAAGGCAACAGAAAAGCCUGUCCCCCCUCGUCUCCUGACAGAAGAAGAGUAUCGGAUACAAGGAGAGGUAGAGACCCGAAAGGCUUUAGAGGAGCUUCGAGAAUUUUGUAACAGUCCAGACUGCUCUGCUUGGAAGACUGUUUCUCGAAUCCAGUCCCCAAAAAGAUUUGCUGACUUUGUGGAAGGCUCCUCCCACCUCACGCCAAAUGAAGUUUCUGUUCAUGAGCAGGAGUAUGGAUUAGGGAGCCUUAUUGCCCAGGAUGAAAUCUUUGAAGAAGCAUCCUCUGAGGAGGAGGACUCAGAUUCUCGGUGUCUUGCUGUCAUACAAAACAACUUCCUGGCUUAGGUGUCAGUCAGUUAUCUUUAUGUGGACUGGCUUGGUGCCUUGGUGGUCCAUGUUGCAUGUGUUGUGCAAUUGCUUUCAACCCUUUGAAACAGGGUGAGAUGGUGCAGAAAUUCUCACAUUGAAACGAGAGGCCUGAGUAGACCUCCCCCUGGAAAUGGUCUUGGUGGUCUCUGUGAGAUCCCUGAGGAAGCAGAGUGGAUAAAGCAGUGAAUAUUAUGGUAGUUUGCUUAUCAUUGGUAAAGCUAUCAGUCCAAUUUUAUGUUCCCAAAGAAAAUGGUUGGCCACAGCUAGCUAGCAUGGCAUUCUAACUUCUCUUUGAAAGUUGAUUCAAUCUUGACAUUUUUGUCACUGUGGCUGGCCCUUCAAAGUGAGAAUGGUUUUAUAAGUACAGUAAUGCUUUUCAAACUAUAGGCUGCAACUUCCAGAGGGAAAUUCACAAGUCUGAGCCUCUUUCAGUUCAGCAUUUAUUUCAGUGACUAGAAUAAUCCUUGAUUUAACUGUUUUGAGAGAAAAAUGAAUUUUUAUUUGUUUUAAAUGUUUUUAAAUGAAUGUCUUUUUGAAAAUGUAGCAAAUUUCUGUUAUAGACCAGCAAGUACUCCAGAGUGACAAGCCCUGUAGGCCCUAUGUGUUUAUUAGUAUGGCUUAUUCAUUAAAUCCCCAGGAGCUGUAGUGUUGAGCUUUGAAUUAGUUUUCACGCAUAACAUUAUGAGUCCUUCUUGCUUUUAGGAACAUGCCUUUAGGCUCUUCUGUAGGUAAAGUCUCUUGGGCUUUAUAUUAUAUUCAACUUUCAAUUCCAUCUUAAAAAUACGUUUGCAUUCCUCCCUUUCCAUUCCUCCCUGUCCCUCGCCCUGACCUCUUGUCCUUUCAGGAAGGGUAUAUCCCUCACCUGUGAAGUAUAUACAAUUCAGAGUUUGUUUCAUUUCUUAUACCCAUUUCCUCUUGGUUUAUAGUGUUAUUCCUUCUAGCUAGGAGAAGUGAUUUUGUUUAGGGGAUUUAAAUGCUUUUUACAGGUUCUCCGUUUUUCCUGUCAUUGGAGUCACAUAUCUGAGUUGCUGUGGAGUCAAGAAACUAUCUCCUUUUUUUCCCUUCCUUUGUCUAUCCAUUCUACCCAUUCAUUUCAGCCUUUUUUUACUACCUAUAUUCCCCCAAAUCUGGCUAAUUUGUAAGCCCUGAAACUGUGACAUUUCUUGUAAUACAAUUUGCAGCUUUGUAGCUAUGACAGUUUUCAUUGGCAGGAAGUAGACCUCCAGGUUAUCUUUAUUCCUCUGGAUGCUUUUUCAGCCAUCAGGAUCAGACAUGUUUUUCCAUGAACAUUAUAUUUAUUUGCAGUACCAUUUCUGACCAGAGAUUCAUGCUGCCUUUUAUUAGACUGGCAUUAGUUUCAGAUUCUUUUGCCAUUGUAAAGUACCCUUAUAAACCAGCAAUGAAAUUUAUGAGGGAUCAAAUUCCCAAGUAUCGGUCACAUGCUUGGUUCUUUCUUUGUGAUUGUCACCCUCGAACCUUGGAAAAAGUUGUAAUUACUUUAGCCAGGAAGAUAGACACUCAUGGCAACAGCACAGCAUCAUACGUACUGGCUUACUGUGGUCAUGGAGAACGCAGAUGAUUGUUUUUAAAACUGUAAUGACUACUUCAGACCAGCCAUUUAGCAGAUAAUUUUGAAAGGCCUGGGUUCCGUUGCUGACUUCCAAAAUGUCAGCUCUGAGACUCCCUUCCAGGUGGCCAGUUGAUUAUAUCCACCAGUGUUUCCCAUAGGCUUAAACUGUCCUAAAGUGACAACUACCUCAAUUGGUAGCAAAGAGACAUCUAGAAGAAAGUGAAAAAUGAGCAGUAUUUGGGCAAAUGCUAUAGGUUAAAGUUGCAGAGUCAAAGAAACUUUAUGUUGGGAAACAUUUAUGCCUUUGUGAAUUAUGUACAUUGUGAAAUUUUAUCCCGUUGCAAAGAACUAUUAAAACCUCUGAAAUAUACUAUUUUUUAAACCUUAUUUGUAGAAAUUGAGACCUAGUAUAUUUGAGCAUAAGUUGAUUUGAAAAAACAAUUCAACUCUAUGAGUGGUCUCAGGAUUCUCUGGAGACUUUGGAUAUCUUCCCCAAAAUAGUUACUUAGGGAGGUGGUAGCUUGCCUCCAGGGUAACUUUUCCUGACUCAUAUUUAUUUUAGUGAGAAAGCAUUGUGAAGCAGGGAAAGAUUCUCCUCCUUUUCUGUUUAGUAAACUCCUUGUGAAAUACAGUUUCCAUCUCAAGACCAGUUUUUUUCACUGUUUCAAUUUGGGGUGAAUAAAAUCAAACUCAGUUUAUUACUCCCUGUCUGGUAGUGGGAGACCUGAGCUGUAGUCAGCGGAGAUGACAAUUGGUCCUGCAGCAAGAGAGUUGCUCUCAGACGGUGAAGGACGGUGCCUCUUUGGUAUGCUGUGUGUCCUUGCCCUGCCUGCCUGUGUGCCUGGAGAUUGCUUGACUCUGUAAACCUUUAGGAGCUGCUCUUGUCUCCCUCUUGGCCACUCAGUCUGCUGGCUAAGUCACUACUUGAAGCCCCCAUUUAAUUUUCUCUGGCAGUUAUAGCUCUUGCAAUUUCAGCACAGUCUCAUCUCUCAGACCAAUCACAUCAAGGAUUGAAGGGAUAACAGUGGAGUGAGCUGGACAUUGGAGCCAUGUCUGCUGCCACAUCAGCAUCUUGCUCAGCAAAUACCAAGCCGUAAAUUGGCUCCAAGGCUCAGGGUCUUAUCAGCUUUGGAAAUCUGUCUCCUAAUCAGUCUGACCAAGUUGUGCAGAGCAUAACUCCCAUUAAUAGGAAUACAAGAGGCAACUGGCCUAAAACAUUUUCCUUUCACUUUCCCACUCAGAUUAUUUUCACAAGACCAACAACACAAUGACCAAAAAAACAAGGAAAAUUUAGCAACUUCGAUAUCUUUUAAUAAGAAAUUCUUCUCACUCACUGCUUCCCACCAAAACUAGUUUAUUUCUUCCCCCAAAUUCAUAAUUUUUAUGUCUGUUACAAAGGGAACUUUGCUGAUGAUAGCUCUUUGGGGCCCACUGUUCUAUUUGUGCUAAUGUAUCUCAUUCUAGGGCCAGCUCUUUCUUGGUUAACUGUAUUUCCUUUAACCCAGCCCCCACUUGGCAUGUAUGAUAGAGGUUUGAGGAAUGAAAGGACUCAAAUAGGCCAGGUAGUCUCCCCAGGCCCUGAUAUCCAUAAAAGGCUUGGGAAUGGAUUAUGUAAUUGCCUCAGUCUUUUUGUUGUUCCAGUAGAAAAGAUGGAUGCCUGUGUAAAAAUGGUUCCUAGCUGUGUACUCAUAACUUUUCUCUGAAUUGAGUAAUGAAAGUUGAAGUAGGAGGAAAGGAAAUUAAAUGUCCUUCUAGUAUUCCUUUGGACUCAGGUCUGACAUAUGAGAUAAUAACCUGUAUUGAAAUGCCAAGAAUUUUAUCUGAACGGAGGAGAGGAUAGUUUGACAGAUUUACUGUGCCUUCAUGUUAUAUAGGCACUGAAACCAAGUAAUAAACAUAUGAAAUAGACAUUGCACAAGGCACAUGGACCUAAACCUUUUGCUUCUGUUUCCAUGUAGCAGAAAUUUAUUAUUUUUUUAGGGGAACCUAGGCAAUUGUGGUGACCCAGCGGUGUCCCUUGAUGUCUUAGCUUAUCAAUUCAGAUUGCUAUUAAGUUAGAUUCUAGAUGGUUACUCCCUUGAAAAGGGUGUUUGGUGCCUUAGGUGACAGGUGACAGAGCCUGCUGGGAAUAAUCAAAGCAGAUUCAGGCCAACGUCAAAUUGCAGCUUCAGUGGGGAUGGGAGUGGUCACACACCCACCCAUGUGUGUUGUCUUCCUCUUUCACACUUGAUGAUAACAUGAAAAUGGUGAAAUCACUUGCUCUGAACAUGUCUAAUCAUGAGCAGCAUUUUUAUCUUAAUAGAUAGCUCAUAAUGUGAAUAUUAGAAACUGUUACAGCGUGCAGUUGCCACAGUUUUCCAUGUUUGUGGAAUCGAUGUUGAAAUAGCAGGGCUAAGGAAUUACUGAGUAAGUUUUAGCCUGUGGGUUAUGCCUUAGUAUUAUUUACGUAAAAGAUCUGUCAUUUCUAUUUAAAAUAAAUGUUCGUGAAUGUUUGAAAGGGACAAAAUUAUCAGGGAUGGCUCUUAGCCCCGGGUCUCAUUUUCACCCUCUUUUCUGUAAGAAAAAAUGUCAUGUAUUUUUUUCAUUUUUAUUGUAUGGUUUAUAAGU